AUGAUGAAAACACUAGAUUUCAGAUCAAACAACUUAGCAGGUGCAAUACCACGAGAGGUUGGUAACUGCUACUUUCUCCAACACAUCAACAUGGAUUUCAGUAGCUUAACUGGUUCCAUACCAAUAGAGAUCUUCAACCUCUCAAAGUUGAUUAUUAUGUCACUUACACAAAAUCAACUUUCAGGCAAUCUGCCAUCCACAUUCGGUUAUAGGCUUCCCAAUCUAGAAGAGCUUUACCUCGGCAUUAAUUCCUUCUCUGGAGUAUUACCUACCUCAAUCUCAAAUUCUUCUAAACUUCGUAGAGUAGAUUUUGGUACUAACAAGUUCACAGGUCCAAUUCCUACUUCCCUGGGUGACCUAAGUCUCCUGGAACUACUGAAUCUAUUCAGCAACAAUUUAACGAGCGACUCCGCAUCUCAAGAGUUGAGCUUCAUCACUUCAUUGACAAAAUGCCAAUAUUUGUCAAUAUUGGUCUUGAGUGGCAAUCCAUUCAAUGGGAUCAUUCCGGAUUCGGUCAGUAAUCUUUCAACUUCCCUUCAAUUGUUGUCUGCAUCAGAUUGUAAAAUCAAGGGCAGCAUUCCUGAUGGAAUUGGAAAUUUUAGUAGUUUGAUCCAGUUAGAUCUAUCCAACAAUGAGCUAAAUGGGUCGUUGCCAGCUAGGAUAAAAGAUUUACGAAAGCUUCAAGGAAUGGAUCUUAGUGUGAACAAAUUAAGCAAAGUGCCCCUAGAGUUUCUUUGUGCUCUCUAUGACUUGGCUACAAUAGAUCUUGGACAAAAUCAAAUUAUGGGCUCAAUACCAAAGUGCAUGGGAAAUUUUACUUCCCUGAGGAAUCUUAACCUAAGUCACAAUAGACUAAAUUCUUCCCCACCUGUAGAAAUAUGGAACCUGAAAGAUCUCUUGGAGCUUGACCUCUCCUCAAAUUUGCUGAGUGGAUCUCUGCCGCAAGCAAUUACGAAUAUGCAUAUGGCAAAUUUGGUAGAUUUGUCAACCAAUCAGUUCUCGGGUGCCAUUCCUGACACAAUUGGAGAGAUCCAGAACCUGCAAAAUCUCUCUCUAGCACACAACAGAUUGCAAGGAUCAAUCCCAGAGUCGAUCGGCAAGAUGUUAAGCUUGGAGUCAUUGGAUCUAUCACAUAACUUUCUCUCUGGAUCGGUUCCAAUGUCAAUGGAGAACCUUCGGUAUCUUAGACAUUUCAAUGUCUCUUUUAACAAUUUAAUUGGUGAAGUUCCUUCCAGAGGGCCUUUUAUCAACUUCACUGCCGAAUCCUUCACUGCAAAUCAAGCACUGUGUGGAGCUCAAAGGUUUCAUGUGCCUCCAUGCCCAAAUAUUUCAGCUCAUAGAUCGAGAACAAAAAAAGUGCGUCAAACGAUUUAUAUUCUUCUGGGGAUGAUAAUAGCAAUGGGAGUCUUGUCCUUUGGACUUUUUUACCUAAGGUAUGGAAAGAAAGAUGGACUUUCCAGUGGUGCAAAUUUAUCCUUAAUUGCAAUGCCAGAAAGAAUUUCAUAUUUCGAACUUCUAAAAGCAACUAAUGGGUACAGCGAAAGCAAUUUGUUGGGAACUGGAAGCUUUGGAUCUGUUUAUAGAGGUACUCUUGAUGAUGGAAGGGUCGUGGCUGCUAAAGUUUUCAAUUUACAAGUCGAAGGAGCAUUCAGGAGUUUUGAUGUAGAAUGUGAAGUACUGCGCAAUCUUCGCCACAGAAACCUCACAGGAGUCAUCACCAGUUGCUCUAACCCUGAGUUUAAGGCAUUAGUGCUUGAGUUCAUGCCUAAUGGGAGUCUUGAGAAGUGCUUGUAUUCGCACAACUAUUUUCUGGAUCUGAUGCAGAGAUUAGACAUAUUGAUUGAUGUUGCAUGUGCAUUGCAAUAUCUCCACUGUGAGUAUUCAACUCCAGUAAUUCACUGUGAUUUGAAACCGAGUAAUGUCCUGCUGGAUCAAGACAUGGUUGCCCAUCUAAGUGAUUUUGGCCUUACAAAGUUGUUGGGUGAGGAUAACAGCAUCACAUACACCGAAACACUAGCCACACUUGGCUAUCUCGCACCAGAGUAUGGAUUGGAAGGAUUAGUAUCAACAAAAUGUGAUACCUACAGUUUUGGAAUUAUGAUGAUGGAAGUCUUCACAAGAACAAAACCUAAUAGUGAAAUGUUUGGCGAAAACUUGAGCUUGAAGAGUUGGGUAACUAAUUCAAUACCUGAUGGAUUAGCUCAUGUAAUUGAUGCUAAUUUGCUGAAGGAAAAUGAUGAAUACUUUGUUGAAAAGCUAAGUUGUAUAGCCUCAAUCAUGAAAGUGGCUCUGGACUGCACGAUGGAAUCUCCAAGAGAGAGAAGCAACAUACAAGAUGUUCUUGUUGCGCUCAAAAAGAUCAAGUUUCAGUACAUAAGUGCCCUCCAUUCAAGGACGUCUUAA